UCGUGAAAUGUUGUUCCUGCGUAGCGUUGUAUUACUAAAAAUUCUCAAUUCUCGCUCUUUUCUCUUCCGAAGAUGACAAUGACACAACAUUCAAAAUCAAAUUAAACCAUUUUUUGCAACAAACGGGUCGACCCGACCACAAUUUCAAUCAACGGUGGUCAUAGCGGUGGUUUCCAUCGCAGAUCGGAAAAUGCAAAUGUCAAGAGCAAAAUGCAGCAAUUGUUCACAGAGAAUCACCCAACUCCAACAACUUUUCCUCCGUCACCCAUUCACUUCUUCAUCACCACCACCACCACCACCACCACUUCACCACUCUUUACUAUCCACACCUCACCCUAAAUCCACCCUCACCUCCUUUCUCAACUCAUCGCCGAUUUUCUUCCCUACCGCCGGUCGUAUCGGCGCUUCUAGAUUCUUCUCUUCAAAGCCACCGAACAUCGGAUUCAAUGCUAAGAAGGUUCUGGAAAAACCUACUGCUGCUUUGACAUCUGCUUUCUCUCGUUAUCGUGAGGCUAUGGUUUUGCAACUUGAGGCUUUUUUCAAAAGGAAUCAACUUUUUUUGUUUGGUGCUGCUGGGGUUGUUUUUUGUGCUGUUCUAUGGAGGAUUCUGUUUGGUAUUGCUAAUACUUUUGUUGUUCUUUCUGAAGGCAUGGCUAAGUAUGGUUUUCUUGCACUUUCAUCUGCUAUUGUUGCUUUUACUGGUUUGUAUAUCCGCUCAAGGUUCACAAUCAAUCCUGAUAAAGUUUAUAGAAUGGCAAUGACAAGACUUAACACAUCUGCUCAGAUUCUUGAAGUCAUGGGUGCCCCUCUUACAGGAACUGAUUUAAGAGCAUAUGUGAUGUCAGGGGGUGGCCUUACAUUAAAGAAAAUCAAGCCAAGUCUUAGGAGCCGACGUUGUUUUCUCAUUUUUCCCAUAAAAGGUUCCGAGAGAAAGGGUCUAGUCAAUGUUGAAGUCAAGAAAAAGCAGGGCAAGUAUGAUAUGAAACUGCUAGCUGUUGAUGUUCCCAUGGCUUCCGGCCCAGACCAGCGUUUGUAUCUGAUUGGAAAUGAAGAAGAGUACAGAAUUGGUGGGGGACUGAUAUCUGAUCUAAGAGAUCCUGUGGUGAAAGCAAUGGCAGCAACCAAAGAAUUUGAUGAUCUUGAUGAGAUUGAAGAUGAGGAGGAUGCUGAAAGAGAACGUCAAAAUGCUGAAAGAGAACGUCAAGAGGCUGAAAGAAAGCACCGUGAAGAAAUUGAAAAGAUUGAAAAUAGUGGUACCCAACAAUAAUUGAUGAUUACGGGAGUUGUUUUGUUGUUUUUAACACAUUAGAUUUUGUACCGAUUUGAGUUUUUGCCAAGGCUUACAGUACCUUGUAACACAAACUGUGGAGUUUAUCUGAACCAAAGUUGAUAAAAUAAAGAUGACAGACAUCGACAUACAUCGGGAUGGACUCAGCAUUUGUUGGUUUCGAUGUUGCCUUGUCUUGAGUGUACAAUCCUUAUCUAUGACAUGGUUAAGCAGUGAGUAAUAAUAGACAUGGGCAAAUGCUGAAUGUCAAGGACUGAUUGGAUAAA